AAUUAAGAGUCCAGCCCAACAAUUUAACAGCCGUGAACAGCAGAUUACUGUCUGCUUCACAUCAACAAGGCUCAAUGUUUCUGGUCUGCGUCGUGAAACUUUUCCUUCUACACAGCUAGAGUACACGUUUUAAUAACAGGAGUUCCAGUCGCAUUAUUUCAUGGCUCGACUUUGAAAAACAAAACAAACUAUCGGAUCCGAGAGACCAAAUGUAUGCUGGUCACACAGACUGGAACCCCAGUACAUGGUCCUUGAGAUCCUUUCCCUCACAGGUCAGUGCUUCUGUCAGUGAACUGGAUCCCAUUGGUAUUAACUGCUGCCACCAGCGUCCCCAGCCUUUACUGCAAUUGAGAGAAAGAUCAGGUUUGAGCACAGCUGCCACAGACUGCAAUGUCAUCAAAAAUGCAGAGCUCCAGUAGCAUAGCUCAUGCCAGGCGGACAGUGCAGCAGCUGAGGAUAGAGGCCAGCAUCGAGAGAAUAAAGGUGUCCAAGGCUUCAUCAGACCUGAUGCGCUACUGUGGAGAACAUGGGAAGAAUGACCCGCUGCUUAUGGGGAUCCCCGCUUCAGAAAACCCUUUCAAGGACAAAAAGCCUUGCACUGUUUUGUAGGGGAUCACCUGCACUCCUUUUUAUUCUUAUGUAAAAAAAAAAGCUGAUAGUAAUACUGUUCACAAUGUAUCUGAAGACCAGUGUACCACCCUAACAUUCACAUGCCCGCUGCAGUUUAGGAAUGAAUGCCUCUCUGCCUUGCAGCCAGAUACCAGUUACACCAAAGAACAGGCAGAAGUCUAAAGCUGUGGCCUCGGAUCAAAACGUUAGCUCAAACAAAGAUGAUUACAAGUUUGCACGAUGGUUUUGUGGUGACUUUUGUUUCUCUGCACAAGAUUUGUCCGACAAUAUGCAGAAGGCCACAGACCUUGGCUUGCAAGGAGCUGUGCCAUUUAUGGGAGAGUUCCUGACUCUCUAAUUAUCACAGCGUGCAUAAACAAGCCCCUUAAAUCAUCAGUCCAAUCAGAUUUAGGCUUUCACCUCUUACUUUCAUCAGGCUUGCUUCAGGAAACAGUUGUUGAGGUUUGUGUGCUACUGGUAAUGAGCACUUGAGGUAAUGAUAUCCUGUCAGGGGACGAGUAAACUGUGCCGUCCAUCACAUGAAGACAAAUGGAAAGAAUGAAGGUCCAUUGCCACGGAUGAACAUCUUCUGCUUAAUAUUUAGUAAUCUAGUCACUGUCAGAAAUAAUAGCCUUGAAAAACUGGCCAUUAAAUUGUUCCCAACUCUGUCUUAGCAUCGACAGCAAUCAAAUUGGUUCCCAUUGUCCCGACACAUGUCCUGUCUGUAUAAUUCAGCCUUUCCAGAGAACAACAACUCAGUUAAAUGUUUAUUGGAUUUUUGUUGAGAUAUUAUUGAGAAUUUCUUUUGCCACUGUUAGGAUACAGAAUAGUUCACUUAAAUGUAGACGCAGACUGUUAGGAUAAAUAGACACUGGAUUUUCUGUUUCCUUUCCGUCAAGCUAGUUGCAUUCCUGUUAUAGGACUUUCCAUACCUACUUCAUUUUGAAUCCAAUGCAAAGCUAUUAAAUGUCAUGAAUGUGAUGUCUAAAUUGGGAAGCCUGAAUACCGGAGGGGUGAAACAGUCAUGAUGUCUUUUUUUAACUCAUUUUGUUCUAAUUUGCCUUAUAAAUGUAUUUAAAAACUUUGAUCAAAUUAUCAAAAUGAAAUAAUUGUAGAUAAACGUACCUGUGUGAACUUUUGAGAUAAUUGUGCAUGACCCUUUGGCAUGAGGUAUUCCUUAAUUUAUGUAAACAUGUAUUAUGACGCCAUCAUUGCUGAAACAAGGAAAGGAUUCAGGAUCUGUGCCGUCUUACCAAAUCUACCCAUUUACUGGUACUAUUAGACUUUAGGUGUCCCAAAAUACAUAUAUAUUUUGUUAGCAGUUUGCUGUUUUCUGUCUGCAGAGCCGAGGCUUAAAACGUACUAUUCAGGCACUUUAAAACCUGUAAACACCAGGUGACUGUUAAACUCUUGAGUUUAAAACAUUCCACGUUUACAACUGCUCUAAAAUAUACUUUGAUUUUAUGAUAGCGUAUGACUGGCAGUGUGUAGCUGUCAUUUGUGUUGUGUGCUCAUGCAAAACAUAAGCAACAAUUUAGCAAUUUUACCAGCCUUAAUAAAAUGAAGUGAUCUGGCUUCAACCUCUGAACUACCUUUUAGUCACACAAGUGCUGUUGUCUAAUACUGUAAAUAAGAAAGGCCAUUACGUAAAGGGAGUAUUAUCUUUCUAUAGGCUAUUAACUCUGUAUGACAUCAUAUUUCAAAGUGACUCAUGUUCAACAAUGAAUUGCAUCAAGAUAUGUCCAUAAGUAUUGUAGCACAGUAUUUCCAUGAACCGUAGUAUGUUUGCUUUUAACUGUUUAAUGUACUUGAUAGGAGUGUACUGAUUUAUUCAAACCUCAAUUUUAAAUUUCUUACCAGUGAAUAUUAAGUUGUGUUUUUAUUAGAAAAGAAAUUACAAUGUUUGUGGUUUCUCACACCUGGUGAGUGUAGGUAACAGCUUACUGUAUGUCAUAUUCUGCCUUUACCUGUCUGUUUUGUUUUGUUGCAACUAUUGUAAGAUUAAAAAAACAACAACUAAACCUUAGGGCAAAAGCGGUGCUGGUCGCUAA